GCCGUGUCAUGGAGGCUCAGUCUCUGAGCAGCCAUUGAAGGGGAAGGAACUGCGGGAGUGUGCGUGUGGUGUGUGUGUGCGUGCGUGCGUGUGUGUGCGCGCGCGGGUGUGUGGACAAGGAGGUGGGGGCAGCCGAGUUAAGAGUCCUAACUCCUUGGACUCCAUUUGCUAUUCUUUUCUUUCUCCUUUACACCUAUUUGGUGGUUGUGGGCGUUUGUAUUUGCUUUUCUUUUCAUUCAUUUCCAAAUCUGAAAAAAAAAAUUAGGGUUGGGGGUAGUGGCAAAGGGGUAAAGGAGGAGAGGAGCAGCCGAAGAGCGGGAGGACAUGGAGAUGAAGAAGAGGAUCAGCCUGGAGUUAAGGAACAGAGCCCCGGAGGAGGUAACAGAGUUAGUCCUUGAUAAUUGCCAGUGUGUCAAUGGGGAAAUUGAAGGCCUGAAUGACACUUUUAAAGAACUGGAGUUUCUGAGUAUGGCUAAUGUGCAAUUGAGUUCACUGGCUCGGCUCCCCAGCUUGAAUAAACUUCGGAAGUUGGAACUUGGUAACAAUAUAAUUUCGGGAGGUUUGGAAGUCCUGGCAGAGAAAUGUCCAAAUCUUACCUACCUCAACCUGAGUGGAAACAAAAUCAAAGAUCUCAGUACCGUGGAAGCCCUGCAAAAUCUUAAAAAUUUGAAAAGCUUGGACUUGUUUAACUGUGAGAUCACAAACUUGGAAGAUUACAGAGAAAGUAUUUUUGAGCUGUUGCAGCAAAUCACAUACUUAGAUGGAUUUGAUCAGGAUGAUAACGAAGCACCAGACUCGGAAGAGGAAGAUGAUGAGGAUGAAGACGAAGAUGAAGAUGAAACUGGUCUACUUGAAGGCUAUGAGGAGGAGGAGGAAGAAGAAGAGGAUGAAGAUGAAGAUGAAGCAGAUUCAGAAUUGGGAGAGGGAGAAGAGGAAGUGGGCCUCUCAUACUUAAUGAAAGAAGAAAUUCAGGAUGAAGAAGAUGAUGAUGACUAUGUUGAAGAAGGGGAAGAAGAGGAAGAAGAAGAAGAAGGCCUUCGCGGAGAGAAGAGAAAACGAGACGCUGAGGAUGAUGGAGAAGAGGAAGAUGACUAGGUCAUUCUAUGAUUUGAUUUCCUCACUGCCCGGGUGUGCAACAGAGUGAUCUCAUCUUCUUUGUUCUUCAUGUAUGAUAGCUCUCCCUACCAGAAGAUAAUCUGUAACUUUUUUAUAGGAGAAGUGUGGUUUUACUAUUUUUGCCUUAUCAUUCCAAUUAAGAUUUACUAGUUUGCUAAUGAUCAUGUUGUAUGUAGAAAAAAAAAUUUUCAUUAACUCCCUCACCCCUCCAUUGUGAAAUUCUCUAGCAAUGUAUUUGGAAUCUUAAUUUUUCUAAUUCUGGCUUACUGUCUUAGAUAUUUUUAGCCCAUUAUUAAAAACAUGAUCGGUUUUACACAGGUAUAGUUUGGUGCAUUUCAAUUGUAAGGUUUUAAAGUUAUUUAUAAAUUAACUGAAAUUAUGGUCAGCUCUAAUAUGAAAAGAAAAUAGCCUCUUGAUUGAUAAGUUGAUUCUUUUUUUUAGAGGUGGUUCAGAUUUUUAGUUUGAAGGCAGUGAUUUUUAUUUUAUUUUCUGGCUAUGAGCAUUUGGGGCCAUCUUGUCACUUGAAUAAAUUGGAAAGUACUAGAGUCAGAAUCAUAAAGGUCUAUUUAACAGUCAGUGUAGUUCAUGGAUUUGGGGGAAGUUCUAUUCAGGAAUACAGUCCAUGAGUUUUAUGGCGCCUGAGAAGAUUUUGUUUUGGAAAGAAAAAUUGCUUAUGCUAAGUCCGGAGACAUGCAGGCGAGCCCUCUCUUCAGGCUGUAGAUCAUGAAUGCCAGUGGUGGUUUAUUUUGUUUCAGAAAUGCAUUCUCUGCUCAUUUCUUUGUAAUCAGCUUUCCUUCUGGCUUCAUUGCUCUCCUGUCCCAAAAGAAAUGGGAAACUUUCGGCUAUUCAGAAACACUUUAGUCUCAUACCUCAACUACCUUUUCAGGCUUGUCUGGGUUUUAAACAAAGUGGGAGAAGUAGAGUAUUUUCUGAGAUACAAUAUUAGGACUACAGUUUUAUACAAUGCUCAGCUUAUUGUUAAGUCUUUCUUGGUUGAUAACAUGUAAUACUGUAUCAAGAUAAAGAGAGAAAAAUAGAGGAGGCUUUAGAAAGUAGCAUUAGCAUCUCUCAAAAUUCAGAGUGAUUGCCUGUUGAUGAGACAGUCAAUUUUUAAAACCCGUUUUCCAAAUCAUUUGGAAGCCAACCUUGUAAAGUAUUUACAACUUUUCUGAGUAGAACCUUUAAAUUUUCUAUCUAUAGUUUUAAAGCAUAAUCAGGUACCCCACUAACUUGGAGUAUAGUAGGCAGUUGGAAGAAUAUUUGACACUAAAUUGAUAAUGAAAAUUGAGUUUUCUUUUCAAAUUGUUUGCCCACUAAAAACAGAAAAAUAUUUGUGAUUGUUGUGUGUCCUUCCUUAUGUGGCUACUAACUAAAACUUGAGAGUUGAUACGUCUAUCUCCCUUUUGUCAUGGUGGCUCCAUGUUCAGGACAAUUUUGGCAACUUAAAAUGUAUUUCUCUUUGUUUUGCAUGUUUGUAAAUU